AGUAGUGGUUUUCACGCAAUCGGGAAUUAGAAAAGGGAUACAAAACGUUAUCCAUGACAAAAAUAACAACAAAACGAUGGAUUCAACACUAACUGGACAACAAUUUACCGCCUAUCAAAAGCAAAUGCAACAAUUGUAAAGUGAGGUAAAUCUGCAGCGAUCCAUACGAAGUUUGGGCACUGCGUACGCAGUAAAGAAAUAUUUCAGGAUACAGGCAUACAUAUCACAUAGUGAAAAGUGCAAAUGCGCAUUUGGUAAGCGCAGGUGAAAGAAAGGACAAAUUUACCUUGAUAAAUUGCUCUAUAAAAAGUUAAAAAUAUUUAUUCCCGUUAAAUGUGGCAAAAACUUUAGUAUAGCGCAUUUAGUGUCUCAAUGUUCAUAUAUGUAAACUGAAGUUAAAAUUCUAUCGCCGGCAUAGAAAAUACUGUGAAAGUGAACUUUUGAAAAAAAGAAAACCUGUCGAAAAAGUACUCCAUUCAAACGCGAAGUGUUGUGUACCUUUCAACCUUGACAUUGAUUAUUUGCCGCCUAUAAUGGCCAAUUGUUUCGUGAUUACGCCUAAAGUGUCGCCGGUUCUGUAUCUCUUCACCGCCAAGUUCUCUAACGUGCCAGCUAUCGUAGCUGUUGGAGCCUGCGAAAAUACCCAAUUCAAUUUUAAGUGCCGUCGCCUCCCGGUGUCUGCAGUGUGCCAACAAUAUUCACGCCCUUUCAUCAUACGAUACAGCGACCGUGAACUAGCCGAACACGCCUAAAUUGUGAGCGGCGACUUCUCCAAUCAUAGAGUAACUACCGCAGUAGUAAAAAUUAAGUAAAAGUCAUAUUUACCAAGCAAAACGUAGUGCUAAGCGGUGUGCUGCCAUUGUACAAGUUUGUAUUGGUAUCUGAAUAAUUUCACAACUGUGCGUGUGCUGAUUAUUUCUUCUUCUUUGUGGCAUCUUAUCUAUAAGAAAACAUCAUGUCAAAGCCGGUGGUUCCCACACUAAGUGCGGAAGAUGAUGUGCUAAGUCACCAUCGACAAUCAUCCACUGCAUCACAAUCGGCGACAGAAGUGGCUGUGUUGAAUUCUCCUUUACACACAUUUUCCACUGACAUUCGCACAGAGUUGGAAGUGUUUCGCGACAAUUGGCAACGUGAAUUGAAGAAUCAGAGUGAAACUGAAACACCUACAAAAAAUCUAGAAAACGAUGUUAAAAAUGUCGUCGAGGUUGAACAGCAUAAGCUGGCAGAGAAUCUAUUCCGAAGUGCCGUAGAGCUAGAACAGCGAGGCAAGGUUUAUGAUGCAUUGCCACUCUACCGCAAAGCUGUGCAAAUUGUGCCAGAUAUUGAAUUCAAAUAUUAUGAGUUACAAAAAGUAAAGUCAGCAGCCGCUGGUGGAAAUUUUACUGAAGGAAUCAAAGUGUUCGACCCGAAUCUACAAAUCGAAAGACCCGAAGAAAGCUCAGAUUCUGAAGAGUUACUCGAAGAUUUAUAUGAAAAAUUUCAAUUAGAUUUGACCGGUAACGGCGGUCGUUUACUGCAUAGCAGCCGUGAUGCGGGCGUUAUUACCACGGAAGCGCACAUAUCCGAGUUGCCGCCGGAAAUAUUAUUGUACAUAUUGCGUUGGGUAGUGUCGGCGCAAUUAGAUAUGCACUCGUUGGAACAAUGUGCGUCUGUUUGCAAAGGACUGUAUUUGUGUGCACGCGACGAAGAGUUAUGGCGCUUGGCAUGCGCAAAAGUUUGGGGCGUUAAUCUCGGCACUUUGAGCGAACCGGCAGACCGACCAACAGACAACCUAAUUGAGUCAGCAGACACAACACCCAUCGUGUACACGUCGUGGCGUCAAAUGUUUAUCAUGCGCGAACGUGUAAUUUUUAACGGUUGCUACAUUAGCAAGACAACCUAUUUGCGUAUGGGCGAAAACAGCUUUCAAGAUCAAUACUAUCGACCCAUACAGCUCGUGGAAUAUUAUCGUUAUGUACGCUUUUUAGGUGAUGGACGUGUACUCAUGAUGACCAACGCCGAUGAACCAGCACAGGGUGUGAAUAAACUUAAGAAUAUUCAUCAAUUACGCUCGGAAGUGCUAUGUGGCCAUUAUCGACUUUAUGGAGACACUAUAACUAUUGUGGUAAAGAAACAACAACAACAAUCACAUAGUAGUAAUACUCAUCAAUAUGCGCGCCAUCGACGCAACAGCAUCAAUGAUGAGCCGAACAGCAUCAAAUAUUGUAUUGAAUUUCGCAUAACAAAUACAGCAAAGCGAAAGUACGGACGCUUGCUAUGGACACACUAUUCGGUGGUGCAGACGCGUAACAAAGUGGAGACGACAUCACAAUUUGAGCUUACACCAUCAAAGUAUCCGCCAUUGUGGUUCUCGCCAGUGCGUAGCUACCACUUGGACACCGAUGCGCCGCUUUCUUAAAGCGCUGUCCAAACAGCAUGGCUUAUUUGGUCGCGGGCAUACAUAUGUAUGUAGUUACAGCGCUGCAUAUGUAGGCAUACAUAUAUACAAUAUAGAGUUUUUUGAAACAUAAACUAAAUUAGUUAAUUUAAAAGAUGUCGAUUUACAAACGACAAAAUCAAAUAUACAGGAGUUAAAUGGUUGCUAUAAAUUUACUAUUUAUAAAAUAAAUACUAUAUUCUGCAUAUUCACACAUAUUGUAGAGGCUAAGUGCUUAAAGCUUAACUCUGUGAAAUUUUUCUAAUACUAAGUAGCUGCAGAGGUCUGUGUCCUAGUUUUCUGUUGGCUUUUAUGAGUGCAAAGCAUGUAAUAAAGUUAUGAAAUAACAAUAA